AGGGGCGUUUGGAGGAAGCCGUCAGCAUUGCCACUAUUUAAAUACGUCACUCAUUGCUUCAUGCCACACCCCCGAAACGGUAGUAAACGGACCUCGAGGUUUUGAAGAAACAUGACAUUUUGUUACAAAUAGUUCUGGGACGUAGCAAAUGUUGAGGCGAACUGAACGCACCUUCAUGCAAGGAUUUGUCAUUGGUCUCAACGGGUGAGGUGAGUCGUCGUAUACGUUUGGGUUUAGGUAGAAUUUUGUGUUCUCCAACGACCACUUCGAGACCCAAACCAAAGUCAGAUACAGAGUCAAAACCCUGGGAGCGAAGAGGCACAAUAUUCCAGAAUAAACUCCACUUUAUCUCCAUGGACCUCUCCACUUUAUCCUCCGUUUCUGACACCGUCUGUGUGCUCUGGGGAUGUGAGUUGAGUGAUAACCAGAGUACAGCCGUGUUUGAAAUAGAGGAAGACGACUUAUUGGAGCAUCAGUUCUUCAUCCGAACGAUGUGCCUGAGUGCUGAAGCCAGAAUGGAGAUGCAUGUUGUAGAGGUCCUGGACAGAGUCGGGGUGUACUCCAAGCCAGUGCCCAUAGCCACCCUUCAUCCCAAGUGUCAACCUAUGGUCAGUUUCACUGGGUUUGAGCUCAUGCCACCGGUCACCUUCAGCCUUCGCUCUGGGCAUGGGCCCCUUUUCGUUUGUGGACAGCAUGUGACAUUGGGAUUUGAGGAAGAGGAGGAGAUAUUCUUCUCAUCACCCUGAUUAGCUUGGGCUUGAGAAACAUGUUCACAUUUAAAGGACUUCAAUAAAAACAAAAAAGCACAAGA